GAUUAGUGCUGCUGCUACUGCUGAAAAGAUGGACGCCAGCGCUGCCUUCGCCCCAUCAGUGUGGGGUGACUUCUUCGUCACCUACGUCCCUCCUCCCACACAGUCGUCGGAGGAGUGGAUCAGGGAGAGGGCAGAGGAGCUCAGGAGGCGAGUGCACAGGAAGUUCUUCAUCGAGGACGGCGAGGCCAUUGGCGUGGCCAAGUCAGUGGCACUGGUUGACACGCUGGAACGUCUCGGCCUUGGCAGCCACUUCCGCGGGGACAUCGCCGCGGUCAUUAGCCGUAUCCACCUUGCAGGGGAUGAGUAUGUCGGCUACGACGAUCUCCACGUCGCUGCCACUCGCUUCCGCCUGCUCAGGCAGCACGGCCUCUGGGUGUCUACAGGUGUGUUCGACAAGUUCAGAGAUGACACAGGCAGUUUCAGUGCAAGCCUAAGCAACGACCCGAGGGCUCUGCUGAGCUUGUACCACGCGGCUCACAUGGCGGUACCAGGCGACGCUGCUCUAGACGACGCCAUCACUUUCGCACGUCUUCACCUCGAGUCCAUGAAAGGAGAGCUCGGGUCACCAAUGGCGCAGCAGAUCGCCCGCGCCCUCGACCGCCCUCUCACGCGGUUCUCUAGACUGCUGGAGACCAUGCAUUACGUUUCGGAGUAUGUGCAGGAGGAGGCGCACGACGACACACUGUUAGAGCUUGCUAGGCUCAACUCUAACCUCAUGAGAUCCCUUCACCUCAGGGAGCUCAAGGCCCUGUCCUUGUGGUGGAGGGAGCUUUACGAUACUGUAAAUCUGACGUACACUCGGGACCGUAUGGUGGAGAUAUACUCUUGGAGCUGUGGAAUGCUUCCUGAAGAGGAGCACUCUCGUGCACGCUUGUUUUUCGCGAAGAUUUUUGGAAUUGCCUCAUUUCUGGACGAUACUUUUGAUGUCCAUGCCACCAUAGAUGAGUGUCAUAGUCUCAACCAAGCAAUGCAAAGGUUGGAUGAAAGCGCAGUUUCUAUUCUACCCGAAUACCUACACACGCUAUACCUCAAAACCCUAAGCAAUUUCAAAGAAUUUGGGGAUCUUCUAGAACCACAUGAGAAGUACCGCAUGUCUUAUGCUAAGAAAGCCUUCCAACUGCAGUCGGAAUACUAUAUGCAGGAGGCAGAAUGGACAAAUAACAAGCACCGUCCUACCUUUGAGGAACACAUAGGGAUAUCUGGCAUGUCCUCUGGCAUACCUAUGUUUGUCGUCAUGGCCCUGAUGGGUUAUGAUAGCAAAGUCGCAACCCAAGAGGUAUUUGAGUGGGUGAGCGUGCCCGUCCCCGACGUGGUUCGAGCGGGUGCACUCAUCGUCCGCUUCCUCAACGACAUCUCUUCAUAUAAGUUGGGGAAGAACAAGAAAGAUGUGGUUAGCACCGUGGAGUGCUACAUGCUGGAGAAGGGCUGCACGGGGGAGGAGGCCGUGGCGGCGAUCGCCGCCAUGACCGAGCACAUGUGGAGGGUGAUGAACCGAACUUGUAUGGAGAUCGACCGUGCGCUGCUGCCGGCAGCGCAGCUGGUGGUGAACAUAGCCGGAAUGUCUGAGGUUAUCUAUCUACACGGCAGGGACGGCUUCACCUUUGGCAGCCACGCCAAGGACCUCGUCAAGGCGCUCUUCCUCGACCCUAUCCCCCUUUAG